UGCUCCUGGCGUCCUCUCUAUGGCGAGUCCUCCGGGGAUGCCGGAGCAUGCGUGGACUGCCCCGGCCUGAUCGCUAUGGCAGCGGCGUCGCUGAGGGCCAGGACUUCGCACUCCCCCCCCUGCGGGGCCGCCUCUCUGGCCUGAGCCGGCCCUCCCGCUGCGGACCGCCUCUCUACCCGCCCCUGCAUCCCGACCGUGGGCCAACGCUGGGAACAUGCCCCUGGCCGCCUACUGCUACCUGCGGGUCGUGGGCAGAGGCAGCUAUGGGGAGGUGACGCUCGUGAAGCACCGGCGGGACGGCAGGCAGUAUGUCAUCAAAAAACUGAACCUUCAAAAAGCCUCUAGCAGAGAGCGGCGAGCUGCCGAACAGGAAGCCCAGCUCUUGUCUCAGCUGAAGCACCCCAACAUUGUCACCUACAAGGAGUCAUGGGAGGGAGGAGAUGGUCUGCUCUACAUUGUCAUGGGCUUCUGUGAAGGAGGUGAUCUGUACCGAAAGCUCAAGGAACAGAAAGGGCAGCUUCUGCCUGAGAGUCAAGUGGUAGAGUGGUUUGUACAGAUUGCCAUGGCUUUGCAGUAUUUACAUGAAAAACACAUCCUUCAUCGAGAUCUGAAAACUCAGAAUGUCUUCCUAACAAGAACAAACAUCAUCAAAGUGGGUGAUUUAGGAAUUGCCCGAGUGUUAGAGAAUCACUAUGACAUGGCUAGCACCCUCAUUGGCACACCUUACUACAUGAGUCCUGAAUUGUUCUCAAACAAGCCCUAUAACUAUAAGUCUGAUGUUUGGGCUCUGGGAUGCUGUGUCUAUGAAAUGGCCACCCUGAAGCAUGCUUUCAAUGCAAAAGACAUGAAUUCUUUAGUUUAUCGGAUUAUUGAAGGAAAGCUGCCGCCAAUGCCAAGAGAUUAUAGCCCAGAGCUGGCAGAAUUGAUAAGAACAAUGUUGAGCAAAAGGCCUGAAGAAAGACCCUCUGUGAGGAGCAUCCUGAGGCAGCCUUAUAUAAAGAACCAAAUAUGCAUCUUUUUGGAGGCCACAAAGGCAAAAACCUCCAAAAAUAACAUUAAAAAUGGUGACUCUAAAUCCAAGCCUGUUGCUACAGUGGUUUCUGGAAAGGCAGAAUCAAAUCACAAAGUAAUUCACCCCCAAAUACACUCUUCUGAGGGCUUCAAGACAUAUGUCAUGGGUGAAGAUAAAUGUUCGUCCCAGGAGAAACCCAAGGUCAUUGGUCCCUUGAAGUCUGCUAGUCUGAAAGGCCACACCUGUAAACUAGACUUGAGCAAUGUUACAGAGUCACUAGCCACGAUCAGUAGGGUAAAUAUUGACAUCUUACCUGCAGAAGGGAGGAGCUCGGUGAGGGACGGCUUAGUUCGAGAGGAUCAACCAAGACACUUAAAUGCCUCUAAUGAGUUAGAAGGUAAAUGCCAUAUUUCUCAAGUGAAGCAGGAGACACUGCAGGAUAUCACUAAGUCCAGUGCUCAUCCUGAAAUCCUGAUUCCUACAUGGUCUUCUGAUGCCACUGGGGCAAAGAAUGAACCAGUGAAGCCUCUGCAGCUUCUAAACAAAGACCAAAAGCCAAAGGACCAGGACCAAGUUGCUGGUGAAUGUAUUAAAGAAAAACAGGGCAGAAUCCACUCAGGUUUACAGCCGCACAGCUCUUGGGCUGAACCUUCCCUGUCUCGACAGCGACGGCAGAAGAAAAGAGAACAGACUGAGCACGGUGGGGGGAAGAGACAGUUCCACGAGUCACCUCAACUUUUACCCUCUCAUCCCAUUGUUGGAAAAGUGGAUAUCAUACCUAUACAAAAAGAUGCUGAACACCAAAGUAGCAUGGUCACUGGGUCUGUGAGCAGUUCAAUGACCAGUGAGAUGUCCUCAUCUAAGGUUUGUGAGAGUGAUCGACCAUUAUCAGCCAGAGAGAGGAGGCGACUAAAACAGUCACAGGAAGAGAUGUUCCCCUCAGGCUCUUCAGUGAGGAGAGCUUCUGUGAGUGCAGCAGAACCCAGGAAACCACAGGAGGAAGGCCAGCCUGCUCCUGCCCGAUGCUUGUCCUCUGACUGCAGCAUUGUUCAGGUGCAUCACACACUCUUGAAGGAAAAGGAAAGGAAACCGAUUCAUUUUCUGUCUGAGGAUGAGUUAAAUUCUUCUACAAGUUCAACUGAUAAGUCAGAUGGGGAUUCCAAGGAAGGAAAAGGUCAUACAAAUGAAAUGAGUGCCUUGGUACAAUUGAUGACUCAGACCCUAAAAUUGGAUUCUAAAGAGAGCUGUGACGAUCUCCCAGUACCAAAUCCAGUGUCAGAAUUUAAACUUCAUCGGAAGUAUCGGGACACACUGAUACUUCAUGGGAAAGUUGCAGAAGAGGCAGAUGAUCUCCAUUUUGAAGAGCUACCUUCAGCUAACAUGCCAGGUUCUGAAAAGAUCAAGAGAAUAGUUGAAGUUUUGAGAGCUGAUGUAAUUCAGGGCCUCGGAGUUCAGCUUUUAGAACAGGUGUAUGAUCUUUUGGAAGAGGAGGAUGAAUUGGAGAGGGAGGUACGUUUGCGGGAUCACAUGGGCGAAAAGUAUACAAGUUACAGUGUGAAAGCUCGCCACUUGAAAUUUUUGGAAGAAAAUGUAAAUUUUUGAAAAAGACCUGUUUUCAAAGGUUUGGGGCUUAAAAAACAAAAAGAAAUUAACCACAGCAAUCGUUUCGAGGCCAUUCACCAUCCUUUUAUAUCUCUUUGGAGUUUUCUUACUGGAAAAACAGUGGACAGAACACAGUAAUAUGAAGCCAGCUCACAAAAGAAAAACCUUGGCUUUCAUACUCUCUUUAUGAGGACAAAUCUGUUGAGUUUCUUUGGUUACCAUUUACUGAGCCUUAAACCACUAACUUUAUAUCUAGAACUUUAUUUUUUUAAGGUACUAAUUCGCUUGAAAACAGGACUAUACAAUACUGGAUUGGAGGUUUUAUAUUGUACUAUAGUGACAAAAGCAAUAGGAGAAACAAAUGAUAUAAUAUUACUUGCUAUUGUUAAUAACCUUAGGGAGGUAGUUGGUAAAUUAUUUUUAUUUUUUGAAGCAGAGUCUCACUAUGCCACCCGGGCUAGAGUGCCAUGGCAUCAUCCUAGCU